UCUGACGCACAACAGAGAAUGCGAGGAGGCUUGGAUAACGAAUCGGCGUUACAAUAUCAAGGAUCUAGUAUGACUGAAAUCAGCGAUUUAGACAGGCAAAUAGAGCAACUACGACGAUGUGAAAUCAUCAAGGAAAGUGAAGUAAAAUCCCUAUGUGCUAAAGCCAGAGAGAUCCUUGUAGAGGAAUCUAACGUCCAGAGAGUGGACUCCCCUGUCACAGUAUGUGGAGAUAUUCAUGGCCAGUUUUAUGAUCUCAAUGAAUUAUUCAAAGUUGGUGGUGAUGUCCCAGACACAAAUUACUUGUUCAUGGGCGACUUUGUUGACAGGGGCUUCUACAGUGUAGAGACAUUUCUUUUACUUUUAGCAUUAAAGGUACGAUAUCCAGACAGAAUCACUUUGAUACGUGGAAAUCAUGAGAGUCGACAAAUCACACAAGUUUAUGGAUUCUACGAUGAAUGUUUAAGGAAAUAUGGCUCCAUCACUGUAUGGAGAUACUGUACAGAGAUCUUUGAUUACCUUAGCUUAUCUGCAAUAAUAGAUGGAAAGAUAUUCUGUGUACAUGGUGGGUUAUCACCAUCUAUUCAGACCCUUGACCAAAUACGAUCAAUAGACAGGAAACAGGAAGUUCCUCACGACGGACCCAUGUGUGACUUACUAUGGUCGGAUCCUGAGGAUAUGCAAGGAUGGGGAGUGAGUCCGAGAGGGGCUGGUUACCUGUUUGGGUCAGAUGUUGUAGCACAAUUCAAUGCUGCGAAUGACAUUGACCUCAUAUGUCGAGCCCAUCAGCUAGUAAUGGAAGGCUAUAAAUGGCAUUUCAAUGAAACCGUUCUUACAGUAUGGUCUGCGCCAAAUUAUUGUUACAGAUGUGGUAAUGUAGCAGCGAUAUUAGAAUUAGAUGAACAUUUGCAAAGAGAUUUCACAAUAUUUGAAGCGGCACCACAAGAAUCAAGGGGUAUUCCAUCCAAAAAACCACAACCAGAUUACUUUUUAUGAAGACUUUACAACUAGAUUUUAACAAGGGGCCAUAAACUGUUGUAGACCUAUUGAUGGAAAAGUGGAUGUUUUUUCUCGUGAAGAAACUCAACUGAAGAUCACCAGACAGAAACAGAAAGUCCACAUAAAUGGCAUUGACAACUUGUGUGACUUUCACUGGAUAAAAAAUAUUGACAUUACUGUAAUCAAAUGCUUUGAAAUGUCAGAAAAAUGUGGAAUAACAAUGUUAAUGCUGUGUUAUACAAAUAUACAGUUUACCUCCCCACUGUCAAAAAGAACCAAUUUAAGUGAUUGAGAUUAUGUAGGGUGUAAAUCCAUAAUUGAUGAAUGGAUAAGGAAGUACAUAAACAGACUUUGAAUUUAAGAAAUCAGUUUCCCCAUUGGUAUCGGUGAUACUCAAAUGUCUCAUAAACCUUUUUUGCUUCUUAUUUUUUUUGUGUAGAAAUCACUCAGUAGUUUCUAAAUUCUAUCCAUUUCAGAAGAUUUCUUUUCUAGGUUUUUCCUCUUAAUUUUUUUAUUUACAUUGAACCAACAAAAAAAUACUGGUUUUUGUUUUUAAGAUAUCACUUUCUAGGACGCUUACAUGCAUCAGUCCACUUACUGGUUCCUAAAACAGUCCAAGGUGAAAUGUUUUUUUAUCAUUGAUAUUUAAGAUACAAGCUGUACCUUACUCUUUCCUUAACUGUGGAGGGGAGACUACUACAGCAGAAAACGACAUCACAACACAAAAUGGCAUACAGUUGAACCUUGUUACUGUAGCCACAAAUAAUCUUAUCCAUCAUUGAUGAUUUAGGGCAAAUAUUGGCAAUUCAGUUAUAUUGGUAUUCAAACAACCUCACUGAAUCAGCUUUUGAUGAAAAUUGAACUGCUUCGAUCAUCGAGGCUACAUUGUGUUUCCAUAUUGUUUUCAGGGUUUGGUUUGAAUCAGUGCUAUCACUCUAUAGAGUAAUGUACAUCGUACAGAAAUAUUCACAAAAUAUUGUAAGUUUAAGCAGUCUUUGAGAUGUAUUUUGAUACUCAUUGACACAUUAAAUUGUAAGAGAAAUCCACCUAUCAAACCUUAGCAACAGGUAUUUCUGUUCUGUACAAAUAAGUGCUAGGAUUACAGAACCUUCCAAAAUGUUAAAUCUAUGUGUUUCUCUUUGCAUGAAUAACUGGACUACUUAUUUUCAAAUAGGUUUUAUUACUUGGUUUCCUUUCAAAAUCAGAAAUUGUGCAAUUUUCACACAUAUUGCAGACAGAAAAUCAUUUUCAUAGUCUGUUUCCGCUACCCUUUAUGACAUUUGCACAUAUUGUUUACAAAAACCGGCCUAUUUUGUAAUGAAUUGAUAAUCAAACAUUUGAUCAUUGAUUAUUUUCAUUUGAAAAUAAUUGAAUUUUGUGUAAGUCCAUUACUAAAAAGGAUUUAUGCCUGUACAGUGUAUAGAAAUGUUGACUAUUUAACUUUGUCACACUGAUGUAUGGAAUAUGUUGUACAGAACUGUAUAGACGGUUGUUCUAUGUAGAUACCAGUGUUUGUACAGAAAACUUGUUCAACAAAUUGUUCGUGAAAUAAUUCAUUAUUUGAAACAUGGUAACAUUUCUCCUGAAAAGCUACAAUACACCAGCGAUUUGUUCCAUUACCUGGGAUCCUGGGAUUAAGAAUCACAAUAUGUAAAAUAAUGUAAGUUAAAUAAAGGUUAUUAACUGUAUUACAGUGAUCUCCCUUCAAACCUUUUUUUGUGAACAGAUUCACCUGCUAUGUUGUCGUUUUAUUGUCUUCUGCACAUUAUUGCUAUACAAUAAUCAUUGGUUGGAUAUAUACAUUUCAUUACAGGUUUCUUUCCAUGGAACUCUUCUGAAUUGGAGGUAAAUGUCUCGGUAAGGUAGCAUUUAUACUUGAAACAUUUCAGGCAUAUGGAUAAGGGGUGCAUGAAUUGAUUGAUCAAUGUGUUACCAAAGGAAGAACCAAACUUCUCUCUAAAAUAAGUAAAACUACUUGUUGUGUUAUAAUUUUAUUACUGCCUUUGAAGUUGUCGAGAGAGAUUCGCAUCCUGUAAAAUCCUAGGAAAGGGUGAUGCAGUUCAUAACUAAAAACUCCAAAUGAAAACUGAUCGUCUUGUGUAGAAUUCCAACAUUCUAGAACAUUAUUUUUCUGAAGUGUUGUUCAUAGAACUAAUGUUAUAGCAAUAAUUUAAAGUACAAACUUCAUUUUUAAAGUUGAUGUACAAUUUUCACUGCAUUAUAAGUUGAUGAAACGUAUUUCAGGUGAUUAUAUAUAAUUGAAUUGUCUUGGGCAGAAAUUGUUCUGCUUUAACAAUUGAAUUCACUCUAAUUCAUUUCAUUGGUUGUAUUUGAUUUUCAGUUUGAUGGGAUUCAUUUUCAACAGUUGAAUGCUUCACACUCAUAUUUCAUGUUAUCAUUUUAACCAUCUAUCUGUUUUAUCUGAUUUAGUCAAUGUCUAUAUCAUCUUCUUGUACUGUUUUAACAUCUUUGGAGAGGAAAUCUGUAUACAUAUGUUGUAGGUGUGUAUCUGAAAUUAAAUUUAGAAGGCAGUACGAUAUUUUAAUGUACUUGAUGUUCUAGGGAAGAACUGUACAAUACUGUCUUUACAAGAAAGGGUACUGUCAAUUGUAUAAACUUGUUUCAGUGCUUCUGUACAGCACAUUUGUCAUGACUUUGCCAUUUGAAUAGAUUCUGAUACAGUUUCAUGUACAGUUUAAAAAUCAUCUGUAAUGAUUGUUAAACUAAGGUAUUAAUUGCUAGGUGUUAUUAACACUUUAGCGAUAACAAAAUAACUCUGAAGUGAUUUCUGGUUAAAACACUUCAAUCCCGACACCAAUUGGUAGCUCUCAUUUCUAUUGUCCUUUACAAUAUGUCUUUUUUUUUAAUAAAUUAUUUUUGAAAAUAAAUAA